AUGAAUGACUCAUGGUCACAAAUUGGAUCAUUGAAAGAGGGCGAUGCCUCUCACUCAUCAAUAAAAAUAAAUAACUCGAUUUUCAUCAUUUCUGGCGAAGAAUAUCCACUUCAAAGAGUUGAGAUAGAAGGAGACGAAGUCAAAAAUUCCGAAAUUAUUGGUCGUCAUAGCUCUUACGAAGCGCAUCCAGUCUUGCUUCAAGUACCUGUAGGAUUCUGUGUUUGA